AAUUUGUAACGCCGGAGCUGAGCAGAGAGAUAACAUAAAAGAUAAAUGGAGAGCGCCGCCGUAUUUGCGGGGCUUCACCCUACUCCCGGUCACCAUAACCACCCUCUGGGUCCAUCACGAACUGCUAUUAAAAUUCUUCCUCCUUCCAUUGAUAAAAUCAAUUUUUCUCCUUUGCCCCUCAAGGUUUUUUCUUCCUUCAGCCAUUCAUAUUUCAGUUUCUCCAUUGAAACUGAUGCUGUUUUAUGAUUACUGUGUGUAUGAUGUUAGCUUCAUGCGUGUAGUUUUGUGUAGAGUUGACUAAUUCGUGUAGAUUUCAUUGACUUUGUGUGAUGGAAUUUGUAUUGCAGCUUCAGAAGCAGUCGCAUUUCACUUCUUAUAUUGAUAAUAGUGCCAUAAACAGUGGAAAUUCCUUUCGUGUGGCCUCUCCUGCAAGCGACGUUGCAUCUGAAUUAGCCGACAUCGAUUGGGACAACCUUGGCUUUGGCUUUAUGCCUACUGAUUAUAUGUAUAGCAUGAAAUGCUCUCAAGGUGAAAACUUUUCUAAGGGUGAAUUACAGCGUUUCGGUAAUAUUGAGUUGAGUCCGUCUGCUGGAAUAUUAAAUUAUGGUCAGGGAUUGUUUGAAGGUUUAAAAGCAUAUCGAAAACAUGACGGCAAUAUAUUGUUGUUUCGACCCGAGGAAAAUGCAACGCGUUUGAAGAUGGGUGCUGAACGUAUGUGUAUGCCUUCACCGUCUGUUGAACAGUUUGUGGAAGCAGUGAAAGCCACUGUUUUAGCUAAUGAAAGAUGGAUUCCUCCUCCCGGUAAAGGCUCAUUAUACAUAAGACCUCUGCUUAUGGGGAGUGGAGCUGUCCUUGGUCUUGCUCCUGCUCCUGAGUACACAUUCCUGAUUUAUGUGUCACCUGUUGGAAAUUAUUUUAAGGAAGGUUUGGCACCAAUUAAUUUGGUAAUUGAGACUGAAAUGCACCGUGCAACACCUGGUGGCACUGGAGGCGUCAAGACUAUUGGAAAUUAUGCUGCAGUUCUGAAGGCACAGAGUGCUGCUAAAGCAAAAGGCUAUUCCGAUGUUCUGUACCUUGAUUGUGUUCAGAAAAAAUAUCUCGAAGAGGUUUCCUCUUGCAAUGUCUUUAUUGUGAAGGGUAAUCUGAUAGUAACUCCUGCAAUUAAAGGAACCAUUCUUCCUGGAAUUACGCGAAAGAGCAUAAUCGAUGUAGCAAUUAGUCAAGGAUUCCAGGUUGAGGAACGACAGGUGUCUGUGGACGAAUUGCUUGAUGCUGAUGAAGUUUUCUGUACGGGAACUGCAGUGGUUGUAUCUCCUGUUGGUAGCAUUACUCAUCAAGGGAGAAGGGUAACAUAUGGAAAUGAUGGUGUUGGCCUUGUGUCGCAGCAGUUAUACUCUGCACUUACUAGCCUACAAAUGGGGCUCUCAGAGGAUAAGAUGGGUUGGAUUGUUGAGCUCAAAUGAGCUCUCCAACCAAAGGGUUGUACUUUCCAUUGAUGAAAAAAUGUUGACUUGGAAGUUCUCAGACACUUGUGAUCCAGAGUUUAUCCUUGAUCAUACAUCCAUGAUGCGUGUCAAGUAUAUCUGUGUGUUUGAUAUGUAUCCUUCAGCUAUGAAAUAGUCGUCGUUUUCACCCCAAAUUUGGUGAUUUAAUCUAGUAAAGUCUUGUGUUC